CCUGAGACACUCUUGACUCUCCCAUACCCAUUUCCUCCCACAUUUUGUCGAGAUCAAGAUAUCGACCAUCAAUCUCUCUCUCUAUAUAUCUCCAUCAACAACCGGAGGUGACCUGAAAUCACAAGGAGAGAGAAUCAUCACCAUCACCACCACCACCACCACCAAACCAUGUGGCGGAGAAUCCUCUCUUCGGCUCAGCUCAGAACCCUAACCCUAGCCGCCGCCGCCCCAUGCCGAUCCGCCGCCGCAUCCUCUCCCGCACGCUUCUUCAUCCCCAAGCCCCUUCCUCGCUACUUCAGCACCACUCCUUCUGCGGACACUUCUGUGAAGAAGAAGGUUGAGGAGAUAAUGCCCAUUGCCACCGGCCACGAGCUAGAGGAGCUUGCAGCUGAAGUUCAGGGAAAGGAUAUCCUGGAAAUCGACCAUCCCGAAGGUCCUUUCGGCACAAAGGAAGCACCUGCAGUUGUGAAGUCCUAUUACGACAAGAGAAUAGUUGGAUGCCCUGGUGGUGAAGGCGAGGAUGAACAUGAUGUUGUGUGGUUUUGGCUGGAGAAGGGCAAGCCACAUGAAUGCCCGGUCUGUUCACAGUAUUUUGCGCUUGAAGUGGUUGGACCCGGCGGAUCUCCAGACCACUCUGAUGAUCAUCACUAAUUGCAGCCUGAUAUUAUUCGGAUGGAAUAAAGUCAGGGGAGGAGACAAUAUCCAGUAUACGCUGCAACAUUGACGUUCAAAAAUGAAAAAGCCUUUUAUUUUGUUUUGUUGGUUUGUCCUAGUUUUUUGUGGCUGUUGCUUUUGCAACAUUUGAGAUAGAACCUCUGUGAUAAUUUAGACACAGGGUGGUUACCUUUCGGAACUAUGGAUCUUGUAAGGACAUCCUUCUAUGCUUGCCAAAUAAUCGAUAGGUACUACUUGAUUCUUUUCCUUAAA